UUGAUCGAAUCAUCAUCAUCGUCAGAAAUGCAAACAGCACUUCUUAAAAGUUUCGCAUGUCAACAUGUUGUUUUGUGUGUUUCGUAUCGCUCCAGAAAUGUCACAAAUUCUUUGAAGCUCAUUAACGAUUCGUACAUUCCGCGAUUUUUGCGAUAUAAGAAUUUUAAACUGGAGAAUUUCUAUCUUCGCGACUGUGAGCGAGUUAUGGAUCAAUUAGUUGCACCGAUACGAUUCUUACAAAUGGAUGAUGUUGAGUUCGUUGCGAUGAAGGCUUGCAUUCUUUUCAAUCCUGUGGCAAAAGGCUUAUCAAGUUCAAGCGUAAUGCAUGUUCUAUCAACACGUCGUCAGAUAUUCAGUGCCUUAGAGCAUUACGUUACCUCGAAGAUUCCAGCUGAUCCGAAUCGUCUCGGCGAUCUAACCUUCUUCAUACUUUCUCCAUUGCAGACUCUAGCCAAUAUGAUAUCGGAAGAUUUGUUGGUAUCGAAAUUGUCGGGCGUCGCACAUUUGGAUCAGCUCAUGGAAGAGUUGAUACUUUGUGAUCCAGGAGAACAGAAAGUGCUCUCUAAUCGGUUUCAAAACGGUGAAAAUCAUGGUUGA